AGAACGCCCCCAAAAUCUGUUUCUAAUUUUACAGAAAUCUUUUGAAAAUUGGCACAGUAUUCAAAAGUCCGUGGAAAGAAAAAAACCCUUGUCCUAGCUUCAGCUUCCAACUCUGAAGAGCGACUUGCUUCUUUUCAACGGUUUUCACAGAUCCGGUGACCCACGCUCUGAAGUCAGAAUUAGCUAACUUUUAAAAACAUCUGGAAAAAUGAAGACAUGGUUAAAAAUUGUAUUUGGAGUUGCUACCUCCGCCGUGCUUGCUUUAUUGGUGAUGUGCAUUGUCUUACGUCCUUCAAGAGUUCACGACUCUGAAGGAAGUACAAGAGCACUCACACUGAAGGAUAUUUUAAAUGGGACAUUUACCUAUAAAACAUUUUUUCCGAACUGGAUUUCAGGACAAGAAUAUCUUCAUCAGUCUACAGAUAAUGAUAUAGUAUAUUACAAUAUUGAAACAGGAGAAUCAUAUACCAUUUUGAGUAAUGCCACCAUGAAAAGUGUGAAUGCUUCAAAUUAUGGCUUAUCACCUGAUCGGCAAUUUGCAUAUCUAGAAAGCGAUUAUUCAAAGCUUUGGCGAUACUCUUAUACAGCAACAUAUCACAUCUAUGACCUUAAUCAUGGAGCGUUUAUAAGAAGAAAUGAGCUUCCUCGUCCAAUUCAGUAUUUAUGCUGGUCGCCUGUUGGGAGUAAAUUAGUAUACGUCUAUCAAAACAAUAUCUAUUUGAAGCAAAGACCAGAAGACCCACCUUUUCAAGUAACAUAUAAUGGAAAAGAAAAUAAAAUAUUCAAUGGAAUCCCAGACUGGGUGUAUGAAGAGGAAAUGCUUGCUACAAAAUAUGCUCUCUGGUGGUCUCCUAAUGGAAAAUUUUUGGCAUAUGCAGAAUUUAAUGAUACAGAGAUACCAGUUAUUGCCUAUUCCUAUUAUGGUGAUGAACAAUAUCCUAGAACAAUAAAUAUUCCAUACCCAAAGGCUGGAGCUAAAAAUCCUGUUGUUCGGUUAUUUAUUAUCGAUGCCACUUAUCCUGAGCACGUAGGUCCCAGAGAAGUGCCAGUUCCAGCAAUGAUAGCAUCAAGUGAUUAUUAUUUCAGUUGGCUCACAUGGGUUACUGAUGAACGGAUAUGUUUGCAGUGGCUAAAAAGAAUCCAGAACGUUUCGGUUCUGUCUAUAUGUGAUUUCAGGGAUGACUGGCAGACAUGGGAUUGUCCAAAGACCCAGGAGCAUAUAGAAGAAAGCAGAACUGGAUGGGCUGGUGGAUUCUUUGUUUCAACACCCGUUUUCAGCUAUGAUGCCAUUUCGUACUACAAAAUAUUUAGCGACAAGGAUGGCUACAAACAUAUUCACUAUAUCAAAGACACUGUGGAAAAUGCUAUUCAAAUUACAAGUGGCAAGUGGGAGGCCAUAAAUAUAUUCAGAGUAACACAGGAUUCACUGUUUUAUUCUAGCAAUGAAUUUGAAGGCUACCCCGGAAGAAGAAAUAUCUAUAGAAUUAGCAUUGGAAGCUAUCCUCCAAGCAAAAAGUGCAUUACUUGCCAUCUAAGGAAAGAAAGGUGCCAAUAUUACACAGCAAGUUUCAGUGACUACGCCAAGUACUAUGCACUUGUCUGCUAUGGCCCCGGCCUCCCGAUUUCCACCCUUCAUGACGGCCACACUGAUCAAGAAAUUAGAAUCCUGGAAGAAAACAAAGAAUUGGAAAAUGCUUUGAAAAAUAUCCAGCUGCCUAAGGAGGAAAUAAAGAAACUUGAAGUGGAUGACAUUACUUUAUGGUACAAGAUGAUUCUUCCUCCUCAAUUUGACAGAUCAAAGAAGUAUCCCUUGCUAAUUCAAGUGUAUGGUGGUCCUUGCAGUCAGAGCGUAAGGUCUGUAUUCGCUAUUAGUUGGAUUUCUUAUCUUGCAAGUAGGGAAGGGAUAGUCAUUGCCUUGGUGGAUGGCCGAGGAACAGCUUUCCAAGGUGACAAACUUCUGUAUGCAGUAUAUCGAAAGCUGGGUGUUUAUGAAGUUGAGGACCAGAUCACAGCUGUCAGAAAAUUCAUAGAAAUGGGCUUCAUUGAUGAAAAAAGAAUAGCCAUAUGGGGCUGGUCCUAUGGAGGCUAUGUUUCAUCACUGGCCCUUGCUUCAGGAACCGGUCUUUUCAAGUGUGGGAUAGCAGUGGCUCCUGUCUCCAGCUGGGAAUAUUACGCAUCUAUCUACACAGAGCGAUUCAUGGGCCUCCCAACAAAGAAUGAUAACCUCGAGCACUAUAAAAAUUCAACUGUGAUGGCAAGAGCAGAAUAUUUCAGAAAUGUAGACUAUCUUCUCAUCCACGGAACAGCAGAUGAUAAUGUGCACUUUCAAAACUCAGCACAGAUUGCUAAAGCUCUGGUUAAUGCACAAGUGGAUUUCCAGGCAAUGUGGUACUCGGACCAGAACCACGGCAUAUCCGGCCUGUCCACGAAGCACUUGUACACCCACAUGACCCACUUCCUGAAGCAGUGUUUUUCUUUGUCCGACUAAAAAAUGACGCAGACGAAGCCUGUAUCACAGUCGGAACACUUCGUAUAAAUGCCUCAGACCAUUUGUUCGUUUUACUCUUUAUGCUGUUAAAUCCUGGUACAAACAAACAAAUGAACGAUGUUCUAAAGGCUGGCGGAAGAUGAAGACUCAGAAGUUCAUCCCAAAUACUGUUUACAU